UUUUUUCUUUGACAUUCCAAACCCAAUACCCAUCUCCCACCCUAUUAUUUCUCUUUUUCCAUAGUUUUCUUUGAGUUAUACUUGUAAAUUUACCAAUUAUCAAUUUUUAUUUAUUUAUCUCGCUGCUUUGUUCAUAACAUACAAACAUAUUAUCACCCUUCUCUUCUUUCUUUCUAGCACCCAAAACCAAAAACAAAACAAAAACAACCUUCACAAAGCUCUCAAAAAUCUCCCUCCGCCUUUCUUCCUCUUCAUUCCUCUUUCUAAAAUCUUCUUUCUUCUCUCUGAUUAUCACUAUUUCUCCGAAUAUCAACCAUAAAUUCAAACUAUCAUCAAACUUUUCAUCAGUUUUUGUCUUUUUGCUUUAUUUUUUCGAGUAUUUUUUUUGUAUUUGAUAAGAGGUUUCUUGAUUUUGCGUCUAGAACGUAAAGGAUUAUAGAAAAUUUUCAUUGUUUUCGAUGAUUGUAGUGUUAAGUAUGAUGCGUUGAAGAGAGAAGAAAUUUUGUGAUAGUUUUGUUUUAGAGAGAUGAAGAGGUCUAGAGAUGUUUGUACAGGGCAUCAAGUUAAACAGCCUGAACCUGCUAACUCUUAUCGCGGUGAAACUUCGGGGCAGCCUCAGAUGGUUGGAGGUGGCGGAAGUGAUGCACCUACACCACAGAAAUUAACGACUAAUGAUGCCCUAGCUUAUUUGAAGGCAGUGAAGGAAAUGUUUCAAGAUAAAAAGGAGAAAUAUGAUGAGUUUUUAGAAGUUAUGAAGGAUUUUAAAGCACAGAGGAUUGAUACCGUAGGUGUGAUUGCAAGAGUUAAAGAAUUGUUCCAAGGGCAUCAUAACUUAAUAUUAGGGUUUAAUACCUUUUUGCCGAAAGGUUAUGAGAUUGUUCUUCAUCCUGAGGAUGAUCCUCGUGCAAAGAAGCCGGUUGAAUUUGAAGAAGCAAUCAGCUUUGUUAGCAAAAUCAAGGCACGUUUUCUAGGCGAUGACCAUGUUUACAAGUCAUUUCUUGACAUUUUGAACAUGUAUAGGAAUAAAAACAAGACCAUUAACGAGGUCUACCAGGAGGUAGCUGUCCUCUUCCGAGACCAUCGGGACCUUCUUGAGGAAUUUACACAUUUUCUACCUGAUACGUCAGCAGUGAUACAAGGUCAACAUGGAUCUGAUAGAAAUUCUUUAAUGCGGAAGGAUCAGGAUUUUAACAUUGAUGGUUCUGAUGCCGACAAUGAUAACAUGGUGAAAGCAGAGCGAGAGCAGAGAAGACUAGACAAAGAAAGAUACAAACGAGAUGGUAUUAACAGAGGUGAAGACUCUGUUGCUGACCAAGGUGCUGAAAACGAUGGACCACGUGGUUUUACUGGCUCCUGUGAUGAUAAAAGUGUUCUGAAAAGUAUGUACAGCCAAGAAUUUGCAUUCUGUGAAAAAGUCAAGAAGACAUUACAUAGUUCUGAAGAUUAUCAGGAAUUUUUGAAAUGUCUUCACAUAUAUAGCAGGAAUAUUAUCACAAGACAAGAGUUGGAUUCUUUGGUUUAUGAGAUACUUGGAAAUUAUCUCAUGAAGGGAUUUGAUGAGUUCUUGACACAUGAGAAAAUCGAUGGUUUCCUUGGUAGCGUUAUGAGUAAAAAAUCUUUGUGGCCAGAGGACAAGGAGCAAGGAGAAAGGGGAAGAGAUGAUAGGGAUAGAGAUCGUGAGAGUAGGGAAAGGGAUCGUUCAGAUAGAAGUCUUCAUUAUGGGAAAAAAGAAGUUGCAAACCUUAGAAUGUCUUCAAAUUCGAACAAAGACAAGUACAUAGGAAAACCUAUACAAGAGCUUGACCUAUCUGAUUGUGAACGCUGCACGCCUAGUUAUCGACUUCUUCCCAAGAAUUAUCCCAUACCUAUCGCUAGCUCCAGAACAGAUCUUGGAGCUAAAGUUUUGAAUGAUCAUUGGGUCUCUGUCACCUCUGGAAGUGAGGAUUAUUCUUUCAAACACAUGCGUAAAAAUCAAUAUGAGGAAAGCCUUUUUCGAUGUGAAGAUGACAGGUUUGAAUUAGACAUGCUGAUAGAGUCAGUGAAUGUUACAAUUAAGCGUGUGGAAGACCUUUUGGAAAAAAUCAACUCCAACAUAAUUAAUACAGAAAAUCCUAUCCGGAUAGAGGAUCACUUUACUCCGAUAAAUUUAAGAUGCAUUGAGCGAUUGUAUGGAGACCAUGGUCUUGAUGUAAUGGAUGUUUUGAAAAAAAAUUUAGUUCUUGCUCUGCCUGUUAUACUGACUCGUUUGAAACAAAAACAAGAAGAGUGGGCCAGAUGCCGUGCUGAAUUCAAUAAGGUGUGGGCUGAAAUAUAUGCUAAGAAUUAUCACAAAUCACUUGAUCAUCGUAGCUUCUACUUUAAGCAGCAAGACACCAAAAACUUGAGUACAAAAGCGUUAUUGGCAGAAGUUAAAGAGAUCAGCGAGCAGAAAUGCAAAGAUGAUGUACUUGCUGUUGCUGCUGGGAACAAACAGCCUAUUGUUCCCCAUAUGGAAUUUGAAUACCCUGAUACUGAAAUUCAUGAAGAUUUAUAUCAACUCAUGAAGUACUCUUGUGGUGAAGUCUGUACUGCUGAACAGUUGGAUAAAGUGAUGAAAAUCUGGAUCACUUUUCUGGAGCCCAUGCUUGGUUUGCCUGCUCGAGCUCAGUGUGCAGAGGACUCUGAAGAUGUAGUGAGAGUGAAGAAGGAGGUUGCCAAAGCAGAAGUUUCUACUAUUGGUGAGAGUGAAAGAAGUCCUAGAAGAUCUGCUAGUACCCGCAAACAUCAAUGUAGUCCACCAGAACAAUCAAGCUCCGGCAAUCAUGCUAAACAUGAUAAAUAUCCUGAUGCCUGUAGCAGUGACCUGCAUCAAGUUAGAGCUAAGAGUAAUAGUAAUAGGGUUGAUCAAAUAUCUAGUCUCGGCACUUCUCACGAGAGAUUGACUACUAAUGCAUCUCUUACUUGUAAAGCUGAAGAAUUUCAUGGAGGAAACGUUGAACACUCGUCAGGUCAUAAUGCUAUGCAAUCUAGAGGCGGUAAUACAACAGAUAACAGUGGCCUUGAGUCAAGAUCUAUUGAUGGGAUUUUGACUUCAUUGGAGGGUGUCAACUCUACAAGGCCACUUACUGCAUCAAAUGGAGUGAUAACAGGAGCCAACAAAGAUGCCAAAUUCUUUGAAGAGACUAAUGGACAUGCAAAGGUUGAAAGAGAGGAAGGUGAGUUGUCUCCAAACGGAGAUUUUGAGGACAAUUUUGCAGUUUAUGGGAAUGCGAUAACAGAGCCUACUAAUAAGCCAAAUGUUGGUGCUUCAAGUGCACCACGUCAAACUAGACUGAGAUGUGAGGCAGGUCAUCGUAACGCUGGAGGUGAAAAUGAUGUAGAUGCUGACGACGAGGGUGAAGAGAGUGUUCAUAGGUCAUCAGAAGAUAGUGAGAAUGCUUCAGAGAAUGAGGAUGUUUCCCCAAGCGAGUCUGGUGAAGGAGAGGAUCACUCUCCUGAUCACGAUGAAGAUGGAGAACAUGAUGAGAAUGAUAACAAGGCUGAGAGUGAGGGUGAGGCUGAAGGAAUGGUGAAUGCACAAAAUGGAGAUCGAACACCAUUACCCCAUUCAGAACGUUUUCUGCAAACAGUGAAGCCUAUUGCAAAACAUAUCCCUACAGCUUUAAAUGAGAGGAUAAAAAGUUCACGCAUCUUCUAUGGAAAUGACUCUUUUUAUGUUCUCUUUAGACUCCAUCAGACUCUGUAUGAAAGAAUACAAUCAGCAAAGAUAAACUCAUCUUCUGCUGAUCGAAAAUGGAAAUUUCCCCAUGAAACAGUUCCGUCUGACCUGUAUUCAAGGUUCAUGAAUGCACUAUAUAGCCUGGUUGAUGGUUCGUCUGACAACAGCAAAUUUGAGGAUGACUGUCGAGCAAUUGUUGGUACACAGUCAUAUCUUCUGUUCACUUUAGACAAGCUUAUAUACAAACUCGUCAAGCAGCUACAAAUAUUGGCUACGGAGGAAGUAGACAACAAGCUUCUUUUGUUAUAUGCAUAUGAAAGUUCUAGAAAACUUGAGCGAUUUUCAGAUGCUGUUUAUCAUCAAAAUGCUCGUGUUUUGCUUCUUGAUGAGAACAUAUACCGCAUUGAAUGUUCGUCCUCACCAGCUCGCUUGUCCAUUCAAUUAAUGGAGAAAGUGCAUGAGAAACCUGAGGUGACAGCUAUGUCAAUGGACCCCAAAUUUUCAGCUUAUCUACAUAAUGGAUUCCUCUCGGUUGACCCAGAUAAGAAAGAGAAGUCCGGAAUUUUUUUAAAGAGGAAUAAACGCCAACAUACAAACGGAGAUGAAAUCUCCAGUGCUUCUGAAGCCAUGGAAGGAGUUCAAGUUGUCAAUGGUUUAGAGUGCAAGGUAGCAUGCAAUUCGUCCAAGGUGUCUUAUGUAUUAGAUUCGGAAGAUUUCUUAUACCGGAGUAUAAGAAAUAGGAGAACUUUGCGUGUGAGCAGUGCUUGCAAUGACCAGGCGAAGUCACAAAAUGGCUUUUCUCGCAGAUCUGAUCCAUUUAACAGAUUGCUUGCCAGCUCAUAUUGAUGCAUAACAUUAUCACCCGAAGCAUUGUUGUUCAAAGGUGCUGUGAAAUGCAUUUUCAUGCUCCUGGCAAUUGCUGUUGUUCACUUUAUGUUUGCUAUGCUGUCCGAAGCAUUAUGCUACACUUGUCCGAAGCAUCUGUUGCUCACUUUAUGUUAGCUAUUCUGUCGGGAAUUGCUGAAGCAAGGUGUUCUCGAGGGUGCUCACUAUAGGAUUUUUUCGUGCAUCAGAAAAGCAGUAAGCUACAUUUCCUACUCAAUGGAAACUAUUUACUUAUGCUUUCAUUUUUUUCAUGGAGGAUAUAAUAUUGUCGACAAACCUACACUAGCUACGCUAAUAUGUUGGAGAAAGGGAAUGAUCCCGGUUUCCAUAUAGAGCAGAAAAACAAAACGGAGUUCCUACUUGCUACUUGCUAGUUGAAGCAUUCCCUACAAAAUCAUUCCUUCCAACCUAAUAAAGGGAGCGAUGACGGGUCAAGUGUAGUAUAAUGUAAGUUUGUGGCAAUUGUGCCAUAAUUUGUAAAUAUAGCUAAAUCAUUUCAUUCAUUUACGUAACUGAUCAAUUUUUGUUCCAUUCUAAUAUCCCUUUUUGGUCCUUUCCUUUUUUGCCUGAUUGAAUUGCUAUGUAAUUUCUUUUAAAUAUUACCAAUAUCUGCAGCUGUUUGCUGCCCUUGAAUAAAGAAUUUAGUUGAA